CGCCGGCCCAAGCACUUGCGGGCAUCGGGCUAGACUUGGGGACCCGGCGAGCAGACCCCGGCGAGCCAAUUUCAUGCAGCAGUCGAUAUCCGCGCCAUCGCGCUGGCCUGGGGGCUGCUCGCGUUGGGGAUUCGCCGGCGAUCUGCGACGCAAUGAGACUCCAGAUCCUUGCAUUGACGUGGGCGCCCCGCCCCCCAGACUUUCUGCGCUCGGCCCAUCGCAGGGUCUGCUUAAUAGGCUAGCUCGCUACUCCUAUUCAGUCUGGUGAUCUCUAUACAUCACCAGUGCUUCAUUCAGUCAAUUAGGUCAUUUCAGCAGCAGCUAUGGCCACCAUGCUGAACAAGCGUGUUACCGGCGCCUUCGGCAAGCAGGCGCCGGUGCGCUCGGCCCGCGUCGCCGCUGUGCGCCCCAGCCGCAGCUCCGUCCGUGUGGCUGCUACCGCUGCUCCCCAGGAGGUUGAGGGCUUCAAGGUUAUGCGCGACGGCAUCAAGGUUGCUUCCGAUGAGACCCUGCUCACUCCUCGCUUCUACACCACCGACUUCGAUGAGAUGGAGCGCCUGUUCAGCCUGGAGCUGAACAAGAACAUGGACAUGGAGGAGUUCGAGGCGAUGCUGAACGAGUUCAAGCUGGACUACAACCAGCGCCACUUCGUCCGCAACGAGACCUUCAAGGAGGCCGCGGAGAAGAUUCAGGGCCCCACCCGCAAGAUUUUCAUUGAGUUCCUGGAGCGCUCGUGCACUGCUGAGUUCUCGGGCUUCCUGCUCUACAAGGAGCUGGGUCGCCGCCUGAAGGCCACGAACCCUGUGGUCGCGGAGAUCUUCACCCUGAUGUCCCGUGACGAGGCCCGCCACGCCGGCUUCCUGAACAAGGCCAUGUCCGACUUCAACCUGGCUCUGGACCUGGGUUUCCUGACCAAGAACCGCAAGUACACCUUCUUCAAGCCCAAGUUCAUCUUCUACGCCACUUACCUGUCGGAGAAGAUUGGCUACUGGCGCUACAUUUCUAUCUACCGCCACCUGCAGCGCAACCCCGACAACCAGCUGUACCCGCUGUUCGAGUACUUCGAGAACUGGUGCCAGGACGAGAACCGCCACGGUGACUUCUUCACCGCCGUGCUGAAGGCGCGGCCGGAGAUGGUCAACGACUGGGCUGCCAAGCUGUGGUCGCGCUUUUUCUGCCUGUCGGUGUACAUCACCAUGUACCUGAACGACCACCAGCGCGACGCCUUCUACAGCUCUCUGGGCCUGAACACCACCCAGUUCAACCAGCACGUGAUCAUCGAGACCAACAAGUCUACUGAGCGUAUCUUCCCCGCUGUGCCGGAUGUGGAGAACCCCGAGUUCUUCCGCCGCAUGGACCUGCUGGUCAAGUACAACGCCCAGCUGGUGAACAUCGGCAGCAUGAACCUGCCCAGCCCCAUCAAGGCGAUCAUGAAGGCGCCCAUUCUGGAGCGCAUGGUCGCUGAGGUGUUCCAGGUGUUCAUCAUGACCCCUAAGGAGUCGGGCUCGUACGACCUGGAUGCCAACAAGACCGCUCUGGUCUACUAAGCGGCUGGCGUACUAGCCUGCGGGAGCUGGGCGGCUGGAUGUCGGAGUUUUGAGAGUGCUUUGGAGCUCGGCGGCGAGCAGCAGCUGUGUGUGGCAGCGUGUGUGUGCAGCAGCAAGUGUAGGUAUACAGCCAGUGGCGCUGCUCGCUGGCGGCGCGGUGUCGUGUUGGGCGCCGUCCGACAGCGCCGCGGCGGCCCGCUGCCGUAGUCGACGCGGGUUGGUCACUCAUCCAGGAGACGACCUCUCGAGUAGCUGAUAGCUUGAGAUGAGGGUUCUCUAUGCGCAGACCUGGAGCGGCGGGUGCCGCAUGCUUGGGUGCUGCAGCGGGGCAUGUCGCUGUGCGUGCCGGUGCAGCCCUGGAGUGUUACGCAACGGAGCGGGCGCGUGAGCGUGAGGAGCGGGCAUGGCGUAGGACUCGGACGGCGCGUGCUCUCCCAUGUGUGUUAUGAGCUGUGCGUCGCGGGCUUGUCUGUUUUGAUUGUAUGAUAUCCCUGUCGCGCGGCGUUUUGCAGGACCCGGUAAUUUUGGUACGUUGCCGUGCCUCAACGCUGACGCAGGGACCUGUGAGGGUUGACUCGAAGAGCUCGAGGGCCCGUUUCUUGUGAUUGUAUGUUGUCUGAACGUUUCUUCGGAACACGCGGAUGCGAAUGCAUUGGAGAGGAGAGGGAGUGAAUUACCCGUCACAUAUAUUGGGGGCGCCUAUUGCCUAGGUUAGGCAAAGGUACGAAGCCGCGGCGUAUGCACAACGCAAUGCGGAAAUUUUAUGCGGCACGUGACCACGCAGUCCGGCCGUUGUGCAAAUUGUUUGGAAUCACGUCCAUUCGACAUGUCAGGGUCAUCAUAUGGUCACCUUCCGCAGGUGCGCUGCGGCUCCGCAUCGCGAGUGUGGCGUUGCGGUGUGUGUGUGGUGCUAUCGCCUGGCCGGGCGCCCGGAGCGUGAGGAAUGCGCAUCAGCAAACUUCCAGCCAGCUAGUACAGUAAUAUCGGCGU